UGGCAGGGAUAGCCAAUCGCCUGCAAGGUUCUCUGAACAGUGGAGAACUAAGUGAUAUAAAAUUCGUUGUCGGACGCGAUCACGGUGAAACACGGAUGUUCACUGCACUCAAGUGCAUCUUGAGCCUGAGCAGCGAUGUUUUCUACACAAUGUUCCACGGCAGCAUGCCAGAGCGGAAGAAGACCGUAGAUAUUCCCGAAGUUCUGCCUGAAGCCUUCGAGACCAUGCUGAAUUACAUGUAUACUGACAAGGCUGAUCUCACUGUGGAGAAUGUGUGGCCCGUGUUGUAUUGUGCAGAUAAAUAUGAUCUUCCGUUACUGCUGGAACAGUGCAACCAGUUUGUUUCGAAGCACAUUCGAGCGGACAACUGCCUGACACUUCUGGAAAGGGGUGCAAAGUGGCAUCCUGACGAUACCGUGCAGUUCUGCUUCCGUGUGGCCGAGGCAUACUCCGACAUCGUGUUCAAAUUAAAAGAAUUCAGUGCUAUCAGCCGAGACACGUUGCAGAAACUGCUGGAGUGUAACACGCUGCGAAUAGACGAACACACAGUAUACAAAGCUGUGGAGAGCUGGUGCGUGGAAGCUUGCAAGCGGAAUAAUCAGGAGGCGUCGGCAGCCAACCGGCGUGCAGUACUGGGAGAGGCGUUUUUCCUUAUCCGAUUUCCCCUGCUUAGCCCUACUCAGCUGGCUGACGGCCCUGCCAAGACCGGCUUAUUGUCCGAACGGGAACAGCUGGAUCUCUACACGUACAUGCUGGCCACAACGAAGCCCGUGAAUUUGUUGUUUUCUACUGAGCAACGAACGCCUCAGCCUUUCCGUAUCCUUCGUGAGGAAUUCCAGCCUCAGGAAGAGGUCUUCGUGGAACAGCACCCGUUCUGGGUACCAGCGGAAGUGCUCGGUGUCCACUCUUCGCAAAUGAUUGUGUCCAAUUGUGAGCGUGCCGACGAAGGAAGAAUUUUGCUGGUGGAACCGGGACAGUUCAUACGUGCUGCCGGUUUCUUGACAAAAGGUCGUUAUCUAGCGUGCCACUGUGGUGCCGCGAAAUAUGCCGUUGCGGUUUAUCAGAGGCCAAGCUCUUCAGGUCAUUGUGUUAAAGUGGGUAGCCGAAACGAAAUGGUGCCGUUUGGGGAUAUUUUUGUUCGGCCUGAUACUGCGCGGGAUUGGGAAAUUUUUCGUGUAAGCGACGAGGGGGAGGAAAACGAUGCACGUGACAGUAGCGAUCACGAUGAUGACGGCGAUGAGGAGGAGGAGGAGGAGGAGGAAGAAAUGGACGAAGAAGAAGAGGAAGAGAUGAAUGACGAGGAGGAAGAAGAAGAGGAGGAAGAAGAGGACGGAGAGAUGGAGGACUAAGAGCAAAGGAAAAUGAUGGCCGCGAGACACUAGAGUAGUAAUGAGACUAACAAACAUCAAGUGAGCGUAGUCAGGAAACGCCGAGGCACGCAACAGCUACUGAGUAGGUGUACAGUUUAAUUUCAGGUCGAAAUUUCAGGUUUUUAGGUUUCGCGGAAUGAGCACCUCUUUGAUUUCUGGAAAGUGGGUUUUGAACAGUUUUAAGUUUUUUACGGAUGUAGCGAAACGAUGUGUGUAAGUUGUUUAUUUGGACGCAGUUAUUCUACACUACUAACUAACUCAUAGUAUUAGCGUUUAUU